AUGGAAGGCGAAAAGGACGAUGUCAUGUUCUACUUUGGCCGUGCAUUCCGUUCUUUGAAGCGAACUGAAGGCGAAAUGGCGCGUGUGUUCGUCAACAAAGUGUCACCCCUUAUUCGAAACAGCCUGUCUCGACAAACGCUCAAGUCUCUGAUCAAGAGCAAGCCCGUGUACGACUACCAGAAAGCCAUUGGUGGUAUUACAUCUAUGUAUCGUACCGCAGUGGGCGCGAUCAACGAACCGGCCGUGCCACUCCCACCCGAGGAACGCCAACAACUACGCAAGCAGACCGAGCAAAUGACCGAUUUAGAGAUCGAAGCUGCUAUCGCGCCCCUAUUCGACCAUUUCGAUCACAGCGACGCAGGAAAUGAUCAUGGUCAAGAUGUGGAAAGAGAUAUUGGGCACGCUGGAGAAUUUGUUACUGCCCCAUUGAGCGAUGUCCCGACAGAUAUGAAACCUUUGGCGCAGAAGGAGGUUGAAAUUGUCUUCAAAUGGCUCAAGUUCUUGCAAAACUACCUCUACGCGGAUGGGAACGGCUUGUCAAACGAGCUGCUUCAAAACAAGAAAUAUCGUGAUUUGAUGACUGUCCCGCUAUACUACGACUGGAAGACUGACGAUCUAAUGGAGCAAUGUGUGCGCGAAAUGCAGCAGAACUUGCGCAGCGCACAGGGUACUAUGCGUCGGGCCAAGUCAGUGUAUUCCCAGAACAGUCUCGGUACUAUCAAGCAACGGAAGAAAGACAAGAAGAAACAGAACCAGAAUAACAACUCUGAUAUAAUUAUGCGUAUCUUGCGUAUGAGGCCUGGUACAAGCGACUUUAUCCGCCAACAAAUUGCCAUCCAAGCUCAAAUGCAAGGCGAAGCGGAACGGGGCCCUCAGCCCAGGCUACGGCCACCGAUGUCAUCAAAUGGCGAAGGAAGAAGAUCGUGGCGGGCCUCACGCGCAUCUCCUGUCCCGCCCGUUCCACCCCUACCACGUUAA